AUGGCGUUUAUUAAAGAGGAGAGUGAAGAUGUGAAGAUUGAAGAAACAUUCACAGUCAAACAGGAAGAUCUGCAAGAACAAACAGAUCUGAUGGUGCUGAAAGAAGAGACUCAUCAACAGAUUGAAAUAGAUGAGAAACAGCAGUUUGAGAAACCCCAAGAAAUAGCGACUGAUGAAAAACCCACACUGACUAAAAAGACUUCAUCACACGGAAGACCUCGGAAAUCCAAAUCGGGGUAUAAUUUCAGCUGUAAACAGUGUAGAAAAAGUUUCAGUCAGAAGUCAAAGCUUGAUGUUCACAUGAGAGUUCACACUAGGGAGCAACCUUACACCUGCGAACAGUGUGGGAAGAGUUUUGGUCAAAUACAAGGCUUUAAAGCCCACAUGAGAAUUCACACUGGAGAGAGGAAGUUCACAUGCCGAAAGUGUGAAAAAAGCUUUUAUCAUGCUGGACACUUUGCAGCACACAUGAGAAUUCACACUGGGGAGAAGCCUUUCAGCUGUAAACGGUGUGGAAAGAGUUUUUGUCAAAAGCCAAACCUUGAUGAUCACAAGAGAGUUCACACAGGGGAGAAACCUUACACCUGCGAACAGUGUGGAAAGAGUUUUAGUCAAAAACAAAACUUUAAAACCCACAUGAGAAUUCACACUGGAGAGAGGCCAUACACAUGCCAAAAGUGUGGAAAAAGCUUCCGUCAUGCAAUAAACUUGGAAGUACACAUGAGAACUCAUACUGGAGAAAAGCCUUUCAGCUGUAAACAGUGUAGAAAGAGUUUCAGUAAAAAGCCGAACCUGAUUGCUCACAUGAGAGUUCACACUAGGGAGAAACCUUACACCUGCGAACAGUGUGGAAAGAGUUUUAGUCAAAAAAGAGACCUUUACAUCCACAUGAGGAUUCACACUGGAGAGAAACCUUACACAUGCACAGAGUGUGGUAAAGGUUUCUCACAUAUAAGCACACUCAAUCACCACAUGAGAACUCACACUGGAGAGAAACCGUUUGCAUGUGCUCAGUGUGGAAAGAGCUUCACAACCAAACCUAGCCUCAAGAACCACAUGAAUGGUCACACUGGAACCAUAGUGUUCACAUGUGAUCAGUGUGGAAAGAGUCUCACACGCAAAGACACCAUUAAGAAACACAUGAAGAUUCACUCAAGAGAGGAUCGUUUUAGAUGCUGUGAGUGUGGAAAGGGCUUUAAAAGUAAAAGAAGCCUCAACACUCACAUGAAGAUUCACAAUGGAGAGCUGAGUCCUUAA